AUGUCAGAUGAUGAGGUGCAGGAAUCCGGAAUAACAGGAGACGGCACCGUAUCACCAAUGCUUGGCUCAAGGCAAAGCUCAGAGGGCCCGGCCCCUCCACCGAAGCCUCCGCGCCCCAUGACCGAGGCGCAAAAGAAUCAAAUCACUCUGAAGGAGGCGUUCCCAUCAGUUGAUGACAAUGUCAUCAAGGCGAUCUUGAGAGCAAGCGGAGGCCAGGUCGAGCCCGCCUUCAACGCUCUGCUAGAAAUGACCGACCCAGACGCCGUUCGGAACGAGCCGCAAGAUGUUGCGCCGCCUCAGCCGCCUCGGCCUUCGCGAUCCCAGAUUGAAGCAGAUGAGCUAUAUGCGCGCCAGUUGGCAGAGCACUACGAUAACGUCGGUGCCUACGAAGCUCGCACUUCUAACCGUGGCGGUAAUGGGCGCACAAGAUCGCAGCCCGACUUCGACGGAGAGGAGCGAGAGCACAGCUUUAUAGAUGACGACCUCCCCAUCAUCCGCGAGAACCUCCGACAAGGAUUCGUAGAGACUCAGUCCAAGGUCAACGGCUGGAUUACCAUGAUGAAGAAGAAGAUUGAGGAGAAUUUCGACGAGAGUGAGGAUGCUGGCCGCAGCGAUGGACCUCAGUAUCGCCACGGUGGGCCAAGCAACAGGAGCACGGACUAUGACGCAGAUCCGCAGGUGCUCAGCGAUGAUUUCGCUGGCAUGAAGUUUUCAUCGGACGGCACCCCUGCUCACAACAUCCGACCGAUGGCCAAUACCGGCAUUUACAGACCGCCUCCUUCACAUUCACCGCGAGCAGACGGCCGAAGAGUGGGAUUCAAGGACGAACCUGAAGAGAUCAAGAUGUAUGAUGCUUCGCCAAAACUGUCUCCCAAGGGCGAGACCCCGGCAGGAACAGGGGCCAAGGCGAGCAAAUGGCAGCCACUCUCUAGCGUGGAGCCAGAUCCGAUCACUGAUAACGAUCCUUUCAGCUUGGGGGACAGCGAGGAUGAGGGAGAGACAAAGGAGAAGCCGAAAGAUGGCAAGCUGGACGAUGCCGAGCGGUUGAAAAAGGCUGCUGCCGAGGCGAUGGCUGAUAGUCUGGUCGAUUCAGCGAAAGAAGGGGACUCAAGCGCGAAGAAGAGCUGA